UCUUCCCUGCAGAUGGGGCAUCCCGUGGAAACUGCCCAUUUUAUUUCCACAAUCCCAAAGGAGCACGAUGUCUUCAUGGGUUCCAUAUAUGCAACUUUCUGUAUUCUGUCACUCUUGGGAAAUGGAAUACUGCUCCUUGUAGCGUAUCGUAAGAGGACAUCUCUGAAGCCGGCCGAGUUCUUCAUCAUAAAUUUGUGUAUUAGUGACCUUGGAAUGACGAUUACUCUUUUUCCCUUGGCGAUUCCAUCAGCCUUUGCUCACAAGUGGCUGUUUGGAGAAAUGGUCUGUUUAUGCUAUGCCGUAUGUGGCGUUCUCUUCGGCUUGACCAGCUUGACAAAUCUUACCGCUCUGUCUUCCGUCUGCUGCCUCAAAGUCUGCUUCCCAAACUAUGGUAACAAAUUCUCCUAUUCUCAUGCCCGUCUGAUGAUAUUGGGAGUGUGGUGUUAUGCCACAGUGUUUGCCGUUGGUCCCUUGGCAAAUUGGGGCCACUAUGGUCCAGAACCCUAUGGCACAGCAUGCUGCAUAGACUGGUAUGCACCUGGACAUGACUCUCUGUCCAUGUCCUACAUCAUCUGCCUCUUCCUCUUCUGCUAUGCUCUCCCCCUCGCCAUCAUCCUCUUCUCCUACAUCCUGAUCCUCAUCACAGUGCGAGGGUCACGGCAGGCAGUACAGCAACAUGUGUCACCACAGACCAAGACAACAAAUGCACAAAUCCUCAUUGUGAAGCUUUCAGUGGCAGUAUGUAUUGGUUUUCUGACAGCGUGGAGCCCCUAUGCUAUUGCAGCAAUGUGGGCUGCAUUUGGAAAACUCAGUGAAGUCCCACCUAUAGCCUUUGCAAUAGCAGCUAUCUUUGCCAAAUCCUCCACCAUCUACAACCCGGUGGUGUACCUGCUAUUCAAACCCAAUUUUCGUAAAUCUCUGAGCAGGGACACCGCUCAAAUACGCAGACGAAUUUGUUCUAGCCAGUGUAGGGGAAGCCCUGUGCCUGGAGAGAAGGAUUUUUACCCGCAAACAUCCCUUCGCUGCAACAAGGAUGUUAGCAACUCCACUCGCCUCUCAAACUGCCUAGUGGACAGCCAUAGGGCUUCUCUUUAUUGCACCGAGGCAGAUCUGCGUUGUCAACACGCCACGCCUCAAAGGACUGCCUGUGUGCUGAUCGGUACAUCCUACAGCGAGGUGACUUUGAGCCAGCUCCCAGAGAAAAUGCAUGCUGACCUUAUGUGAAGGCCCUCUAGGCUCUCCUUAUGCAAGAACGUAAAGAAGAAUGAGAAGAUGGAAGAGCAAUCUCUGGCCUUCACAGAUAAGCCAAGUUACUAUAGAUGUACAGCGUAUCUGAGUCAGAGACAAGCUCUAUUCAGAAAACACUUUAGAGAGAAAGAGGAAACAAUACACUUAAAAUGUAUGAUUUUUUACAGAAUGUGCAAUGGAGAUAGUAAUGGAAUGAAAGGGGAAGUUGUGGA